AUGUCCGAUCUUUCCAAGGCCGAAGUUCCACUCCAUUCCGUCGUUGGCCAAACCACUCCUCUCGUCAAACAAGAAGAACAAGGCGAUACCAUCAUGAGUAGCGAUUCGUACUUGUCUUCUGAUGGCCUCAUUCCUAAGGAAGCAGCAGUUGACGUCAAUCAUUCAGUCAGCGCGCAAACCUAUAGCGCAACUCCAGGUGAUUGGACUGUGGAGGAUAUCCUUGAAAUGCAGGAACUGAACCAUGCUGAUUUCAUGGAAGAGUAUCGGACUGCAACUUCCCAAGAAAAUUCGAAUCUCGUUCAGUUGGUGAAGAGUGAAGUGCAGACUGGGGUGCGGAAUGAAGUCCGAGGCGGUAUGGAUCAAAUCCUUAACUACAUCAAGGGCUUGGUUACGCAGUCUCCUCAAACCACAGAGAUUGCCGCUCUCAAGUCAAAGUUGAAAGCAGAAAAAACACACACCAAAGAUCUCACCAGUCACUACAACAGACUUGUCCAGACUUCUGAUAAGCAGGGAAAGGACCUCGCGAGAGCAAACGCGAAACUCAAUGAGGCUCUUCUUGAACGAGACCAGCUGCGUAAGCUACAGGGAGGUGGCAAUCUGGCAAACUCGGACAAAACGACAGACGACGCUAUCCGGGGUAAGUGGAAAGAGCUUCAGUACAAUGUUAGCUGUCUGGCUCAUCUACUGGAAUCUGAUCCAUCUGAUCAACAUCUUGACGAUCGCGUCUCGAUGCGGUUACGAUUAGUCUCUCGAAGCUAUCGAAGACUUUGUAAAGACAGAGACUACCGUCAGCUUCUCAUGGCGGGCUAUCUGUGGGUUCUUAUCCAAGAAAUCGUGCUCGACUCCGAGUAUCCUCUCUGGGGUGGGCCUGGAUCUAAGCACUUCAAAACUGUUCGGGACAACAUAAUUGAUCGCAUCGGAGAAAGUGAGGAUGUUCUAGACAAAGAACUCUCCAUUCCUCACAUUGCACGGUGGUUGGCUCAAGGCUCGACUAUGAUGGGCACGCUUUGGGACAAAGAUCAUACCGCCCUUCAGCGCCUGGUAAAUAUCGAAUCCAAACGCUUGCGACCAUUCUAUUCUGGUGGCCAGCCAAGAAAUGAUAGAAGCGAGAAAAGUAUUUUGGAUCAACUGAGAGGCAUUAUGGACUCUGUUAUUGAACUUGACAAGAUGAUGAUGUGCUCAAAGGCGAUCUUUCAGGUUCACUGGCGGGAUCGAUCACAAAAGCCGGAUCUCACUCAGCGGUACAAUAAGGAUGUCAUGGUGAGCGAGGCUUACGAAAACGACCUGUCUCAAAAGAGCCGUGUCAGGUUCUAUAUCUCGCCUGUCCUUUACAAGUUCGGUACAGCUGACGGUCAAAGCUAUGACUCUAGGAUGGUUCUAGCCAAAGGAGUUGUGGUCUGUGAGUAA